GCUGCCCUCCCGGGCAUCAGCGCCUGUCCCCGGCUCUGCGCCUGCCACGGCCCUGCCGAGCUCCACUGCACCUUCCGCUACUUCACCGCCGUCCCCCCGCGCAUCCCUGCGGAUGUGCAGCGCAUCAACCUGGGCUACAACAGCCUGAGGAAACUGAGCCCCACAGACUUCGCUGGCCUGGAGAAACUGGAGUUACUGAUGCUGCACAGCAAUGAGAUCAAUACAAUCCCUGAGAAGGUGUUCAGUGAUUUACAUUCACUGCAGGUAAGAACUAAAUGACCCAAUGUUCAUUUUUGUUAUAACUUGAAACAACCCGCGUUUCACGGCCUGAGCAGCUUGGUACGGCUACACAUGGACCACAAUCAAAUUGAAUUUGUGAAUCCCAAUGUUUUCUAUGGACUCACUUCCUUAAGGCUGGUCCACUUGGAAGGAAACUUACUUCAGCAGCUGCAUGCAGACACUUUUGUCACCUUGCGCUAUAGCCAAAUAUUCAAAGUAUCCUCCCUGAAGCACAUCUCUCUGUCUGACAAUGGGCUGACUUCACUCCCACAAGAAAUGUUUUCUUACCUGUCCGAGCUCGAGAGCAUUUACCUUCAUGGAAACCCCUGGUCCUGCGACUGCAGCCUGCAGUGGUUUGCAGAGUGGGCACAGGAGAGACCAGAUGUUAUAAAGUGCAGAAAAGACAGAAGUUCUGGUGUCCAGCAAUGCCCAGUCUGUGCCAGUCCCAAAAAUCAUAAUGGGAAAAGCUUUGUGGAUCUUCCUUCUGCAUCUCUCACUUGCACUAAGCCAGCAAUACACUACUCCCUGAAAUCCAUAAACCUUACAGUGCCAGACGAUGGGGAUUUCAGUUCUGUGUCUCCCAAGGAUUUCAUAGCUCCAGUAGGGUUUGUGGUUUUGAACAUGACUGACCAAGCAGGAAAUCGAGGCAACUUGGUUUGCAAUGUCCAAAAGCCUAAAGAAAUGUCUCCUGUCUCAUUUGACCAAGACAGCAGCAGAAUGGUGCUCAGAAACUCAUUCUCAGCAUUCCUGGUGUGUGGCAUUGAUUAUGGACACAUCCAGCAGCUGUGGAGCAUCCUGGCACUGUACAGCAACUCUCCCUUAAAACUGGAGCAGACUGUCCAGGCAACUGAUGUGCCUUUUGUUAGUUACAAAUAUAAACAGAUAUAUGCUGAAAAAGAUGAACUUUUCACCAAUGUUGAGGCUGAGCUGAGAGCUGACCCAGCCUGGCUGAUGCAGAGCAAAGUGUCCCUGCAGCUGGACAGGACAGCCACCACACUCAGCACCCUGCACAUCCAGUACUCCAUAGAUGCCCAGCUCAGCCUGCCUAGUGCUGACAACAACCAGGUGAGGAACAACUGGGCCAUCAUCUCCAGGGACAGCAGCACCCAGACGGAGCACACCGUGUUAGUCGGGGGCACCGUGGAGCUGGGGUGCCAGGCAGCUGGGCAGCCAGCUCCUGCUGUGGAGUGGAUAUUGGCUGAUGGGAGCAAAGUGAGAGCUCCUCAUAUCAGUGAGGAUGGGAGAAUCAUUGUUCUUAAAACCGGAACGCUGACCUUGCGCACGGCUGACGCGUUUGACACGGGGCUCUACCACUGCAUCAGCACAAACGGCAAUGAUGCUGAUGCUCUCACGUUCAGAAUCACAGUGGUUGACCCUCACGUGGAGCACAGCAGUGUAAAUGGAGCCCAGCUGUCCACAGCUGUUGGCAGCACACUCUACCUGCCCUGUACAUCCACAGCUGCUCCAGAUGCUGCCGUUAGCUGGGUGCUACCUGAGCAUGUGGUCCUCCGUCAGUCUGCAGGAAACAAACAUAUUUUUGACAAUGGCACCUUGAGAAUCCAAGGGGUGACAGAGAGAGACAGUGGCUACUUCCGAUGCAUCACAGCCAACCAGUAUGGUGUCGACCUUUUGGUUUUCCAAGUGCUAGUGAGACGGGAUGGAACCACUCCAGAGAAAAAGCACAGAGCUGUGGAAGAUUGGGAAGAGGGUGACGGCUCUGGCAAUGCACUGCUGGGCUCUGCUGCAGCACAGACACAUCUCUCAGCUACUCCAGCCACCUUGACAGCUCAGCUGGAAUCUGCUGCCUCAGCAGCCAGCAGCCAGAGCACACAGAGCGCACGUCAAAGGAGCAGUCAGAGGAAAAUGCCUCACAGGCCCUACAGGGACAGAGCAGGCAGGCGGUUCAGGGGACACAGGAGACAGUUUGUUUCCUCAGCCCGGAGAGUCGACCCACAGCGCUGGGCAGCUUUGUUGGAGAAAACAAAGAGGAACUCAACAGUGACAGACAAACAAGGGAAAGUUGCAAUGAAACCCCCCAGUCGUGUCAGUAAGUUCUCAGAGGUACCUGGGGAUGUGGAGGAGACAUCUGGUGAUCUCAUAUCACCAGAAGAAGAAUUCAUGAUUCCAGUAACAGAGAAAGCCCCACUACCUUCUCAGGGGAGAGCAAUGGAAAGUGUGAUCACUGCAGGGCCUGAGGGGGCCACAAGUCACACUGCUGCCACGAAAACCUCCCUCCUGGCUGCAGAGACAAUAACUCCCCUACCCUCUCCUCUUCCACAGUCUGUGUCACCUGCCAGCAGGCGGCCACAAACAUAUCUGAAACCUACAGACUCAUGGGAAAGAUCUGAUUUGAGUCAAACAUCAGCAAAUGAUGUAAAAGAAUCAACCGUAUCAACUGGUGCAAGUGGAACAUCCACACUCUUCCCUGCCAGGCAAAUGCUGGUGUAUUCUGGGAAAAGUAAUAAUCAGCAACUAAACUCUGCGUCCACGACAGAAGCUACAGACACCAGCGGGGCUGUAACUCCCCAAAAUUCAGCAGACAAGCUACAUGUUUUUACUGAAUCUAUUGAUAAUGUUUCCACCCAAACAGAUCACCAGGUCCCUGUGGUGACAGUCAGUGCAACAAGCCCUGAAUUGGGUCCCAUUUAUUUUCACAGUGCUCAGAAAGGAGGAACUCCUAAGCCACCACUGGCCUUGACUAUCACUACUCAUCAGCAAAUUCAGGUUAUUCAGGAAGUUCCAACUCAUACAACCCAGAUCCAGCAGCAAUACGGAAGACGAAGGAAAACUUAUGGCAGGAGACGAGUUGUUAGACCAGGACAUAUUCCAGGUAGGAGAGAGCACCGAUACAACUUUGGGAGGCCAGGGUCUGCCAGAGGAAGUACAGCGGUGGCUGCAGGUGCUCAACUGAAUAUGAAGUACCUAUCAAGUGUACCAACUUCAAAUAAUUUAAGCAGCUCCAUCAAUCCAUUUAGACAAGAAGCACCCCUGUCCUCCCCACCAACCAUGAACAUGCCAUUGGAGCACCCCAUGGGUACCCACCAAAACACAGCAUUCCUCAGGGAAGAGGAAAACAAACAUAGUGCAAGGCAAAAAGCUGCCACCCCAGUCAUGUCUGUCACUGCAAAGGGCACUGCCACUACUGCAACCAAAGGAAUGAAGCUGACAGUUACAUCUGCUACUGCUCCUCAACCUGACACCAGACUCACUAAAGCACCGAAGACAGCUGUGCCACCUGCACCUACUGCAAGAACCUAUUCUCCUGCACAUGAGGAGAUCAGAUUUCAGCUGAAGCCAUCCACCAAAGUCAUGGAGAGGGGCAACAUGCUGACUGUCAGGACACUGACCACACCAAAGUCAUCACAGAUGGUGGCUCUGUGGGGAAGGGACAAGGACAGCUCUGUCAAAGGUUGGUUUGAAAGGAGACGAGACCAAGAAACCACCACCACUCCCAAUCCCAUCACCUUGGGCUCUGCAAGCAGAAACCAUUUUGCAAAGCCCAGAAUCGUUGGAGGGAAAUUGGCUGCUUUCACUGUGCUGGCAAAUUCCGAUGCUUUUAUUCCUUGUGAAGCUACUGGGAAGCCCCGUCCAACAAUACAGUGGACCAAGAUAUCAUCAGGGUCCGAUGCUCUGGAAGGUAGCACCAGCAGGUGGACAGUGUUUGCCAACGGGACGCUGUCCAUCACCCGGGCAGGCCUGGAGGACCGUGGGCAGUACCUGUGCACUGCAGCCAACACACACGGCGUGGCACGGCUCCUGGUCACACUGUAAGUGGUGGCUUACCCACCACGCAUCCCCGCCACCGCUUCCUCUGGGAAGCCUGUGGCAGUGGCGUGCAAGGCCACGGGCAGGCCCCCUCCCACUGUCUCCUGGGUUCUAGCAAAUAAAACCCACCUCUCCCCAGCUGCCACAGGGAAUGACAAAGUUCACAUGGAACCAGACGGCACUUUGGUUAUCCAUGAAGUUACUGUUUAUGACAGAGGUCUCUACACAUGCCUGGCCAAAAACCCUGCAGGCACCGACACACUAACUGUGAAGCUGCAGGUUGUUGCGGCACCUCCUGCCAUCCUGGAGGAGAAGAGACAACGUGUGGAAGGAAAUACGGGAGAAAGCCUGAAACUGCCUUGCACUGUGCAAGGGAACCCUCAGCCCACUGUCCACUGGGUCCUCCCUGACGGCACAGAGGUAAAGCCUCUGCAGCUGGUACACAUGAGGCUGUUCCUGUUCUCCAACGGCACUCUCCACUUCAGCAGCAUCAUCCCUUCUGACAGUGGGAACUAUGAGUGCAUAGCCACGAGCUCCACUGGCUCAGACAGGAGGGUGGUCAGCCUCGUGGUGGAGCACAGGGAAACGCUUCCAAAAAUAGCCAUCGCCUCUCGAGAACUGACUCAGUUGAAUUUUGGGGAUAAGUUGCUUCUGAACUGCACAGCAACUGGAGAGCCCAAGCCCAGGAUCAUCUGGAGGUUGCCCUCCAAGGCUGUUGUGGACCAGUGGCACAGGAUGGGAAGUCGGAUCCAUGUCUACCCUAAUGGAUCCUUGGCUAUUGAGGCAGUUACAGAAAAGGAUGCGGGUGACUAUCUGUGUGUUGCAAGAAACAGCAUUGGGGAUGAUCUGAUCCUGAUGAAAGUCAGCAUCACAAUGAAACCAGCCAAGAUUGACCACAAACAGCACUUCAAGAAACUAGUGCCAUAUGGCAAGGAUUUCAGAGUGGACUGCAAGGCCUCGGGAUUACCCACACCAGAAAUAUCCUGGGGUUUGCCAGAUGGGACAGUGGUUAACAACGUGAUGUUGGCAGAUGACACUGGGCGCAGGUCUCGCAGGUAUGUCCUCUUUGACAAUGGAACGCUCUACCUCAACAAAGCUGGAGUGACAGAAGGAGGAGAUUACACUUGCUAUGCCCAAAACACUUUGGGAAGAGAUGAGAUGACUAUCCACGUUACAGUCAUCAUGGCAGCCCCUCAGAUAAAGCACAAUUACAAGACAUACCUUGCAGUGGCAGCUGGAGACACAGCACUGCUGGACUGUGAAGCUGCUGGAGAGCCCAGGCCACAGAUAUUUUGGUUGCUGCCUUCCAGUGAGAUGAUCUCCUCAUCCACAGACAGACACUCCCUGCACACCAAUGGCUCUCUCUCCAUCAGCCACAUCAGGCUUCUGGAUGCUGGGGAGUACAUGUGUGUGGCUCGGAACCCUGGCGGGGAUGACACCAAACUGUAUAAGCUGGACGUGGCUGCUAAGCCCCCCAUCAUAAAUGGUUUAUACAGGAACAAGACAAUCAUGAAGGUGACAGCAGUGAGACACUCAAAGAAACACAUCGACUGUCAGGCAGAAGGGACACCUCCCCCUCAGGUUAUGUGGAUCAUGCCUGACAACAUUUUCCUAACAGCCCCAUAUUAUGGGAGCAGGAUUGUGGUGCACAAAAAUGGGACACUUGAGAUUCGGAACAUCAGGCCUUCGGACACAGCAGAUUUUAUCUGUGUGGCACGUAACGAUGCAGGAGAGAGCAUGCUGGUGGCACAGCUGGAGGUCACAGAGAUGCUGCGGCGACCCAUGUUCAAAAACCCAUUCAACGAGAAAAUAAUAGCAAAACCUGGGAAAACUAUCACACUGAACUGCUCUGUGGAUGGAAACCCUCCCCCAGACAUAAGCUGGAUGCUGCCCAACGGCACAUGGUUUUCCAGCAGCAUCAGGACAACCCAGUUUCUCACAGGAAGCAACGGGACCCUGACCAUCUACAAUCCCAAGAGCGACCAAGCCGGGCGGUACCGCUGUGCUGCCCGGAACAAGGUUGGAUAUAUUGAAAAGCUGAUCAUCCUGGAGCUAGCCCAGAAGCCCAAUAUCCUCACCCGGCCUGUGGGGCUGGUGAAGGGCAUCAGUGGGGAGCCGUUGUACCUUCACUGCCUGGCUGAUGGGAGCCCCAAACCCAGCACGGCGUGGACGCUGCCCGGGGGCCGCGUGCUGGACCGACCACAGCUCAGCGAGAGGUACCUGCUGCUGGAGAAUGGCACCUUGGUCAUCCGGGCAGUCACCACUCACGACGGAGGGAAUUACAUGUGUAGGGCCCACAAUGAUGCUGGUGACAGCUCUGUGACCAUUCCUGUUGUCAUCACAGCCUACCCACCACGGAUCACAGGCAGGUCCCCGCCGGCUAUCCAUACAGGGCCAGGGACGCCAGUUCAGCUCCACUGCAUGGCGCUGGGAAUACCAAAGCCAGAAAUUACCUGGGAAUUACCUGACCACUCCAUACUCUCUACAGCUCACCAGGGCCGAGGAUCUAGGGGCAAGCUGCUUCACCCCACAGGGACUUUGCUCCUGCAGAAUCCCCAACCCUCCGAUUCUGGUGCGUACAAGUGCACGGUGAGGAACCCCUUUGGCAGCGACUUCACAGUAACAUACAUCCAAUACCAAAGCCAGAAAUUACCUGGGAAUUACCUGACCACUCCAUACUCUCUACAGCUCACCAGGGCCGAGGAUCUAGGGGCAAGCUGCUUCACCCCACAGGGACUUUGCUCCUGCAGAAUCCCCAACCCUCCGAUUCUGGUGCGUACAAGUGCACGGUGA